AUGGCUAUCAAGUUAGAUAUGUCUAAGGCCUAUGACCGUGUGGAAUGGAAGUUUCUGGAGGCUAUUAUGUCAAAAAUGGGAUUUGGAGAGAGAUGGAUGCAGCUAAUAAUGGAAUGUAUCACUACUGUCAGCUACUUAGUUAUGAUAAAUGGAAAAAUUGGGGCCUCUUUUCAACCUGAACGUGGGAUUAGGCAAGGAGAUCCACUAUCUCGUUACCUAUAUAUAUUAUGUGCUGAAGGUUUAAGUGCCUUGAUCACUCAGGCUGAGCAUAAGGGGAAAAUUAAAGGAGUUGCAGCUGCUAGGGGAGGGAUGAGGGUCAGUCAUCUCUUCUUUGCUGAUGAUAGUGUGCUCUUUUGUAGAGCAACUAUUGAGGAGUGGCAAAAGCUCCAAGGAUUGCUUCAAGUGUAUGAGAAGGCAUCUGGACAGUGCUAG